AUGUCAACGUUAUUGCGAGCUACCAAAUCCACUUUUGCCAGCGCCAAGCGUUCGGUCGCAAGAGCAUAUUCUACUCAAGCCAAUGAUAUUGUUAUUGUUAGCGCCGUUCGAUCUCCUAUAGUUGUCAAGGCUGCCGUCGCCAGAGCCAACAUUGCUCCUGAGGCUGUUGAAGAUUUGCUCUUUGGAAAUGUCAUUUCCUCCAAUGUGGGUCAGGCACCGGCUCGUCAAGUAGUCAUCAAGGCUGGUCUCCCUGUGUCGACAGAGGCUACCACCAUCAACAAGGUCUGUGCCAGUGGAAUGAAGACAGUCACUUUAGCUGCUACCCAAAUGAUGGUCGGUUUACGUGACGUUUGUGUUGCCGGUGGAAUGGAGAGCAUGAGUAACAUUCCAUACUACGUCCCAAGAGGACUCCAAUAUGGCCAUAGCAAAAUAUUAGAUGGUAUUAUACGGGAUGGCCUGUGGGAUGCUUACGAUGACAUUCACAUGGGAAAUUGUGCUGAAAUGACUGCUGUUGAAUACAAAGUGUCUCGUGAAGAACAAGACGAACACGCUCUAGAAAGUUAUCGACGAGCUGCCCAAGCAUGGAAGGAUGGAUUAUAUGCUAACGAAAUCGUCCCAAUAACAGUCAAAGACAGGAAGGGUGAAAGAAGCGUUACUGAAGAUGAAGAAUACAAGAAUCUUGAUGUUUCCAAAGUGCCAAAACUCAAAUCCGCCUUCCAAAAAGGAGGCUCUGUGACAGCUGCCAACUCUUCCAAAAUCAAUGACGGUGCAGCAGCACUAGUGUUGAUGACUGCAUCGAAAGCCAAGGAACUAAAUGUGACUCCACUUGCUCGAAUCUUGUCGUUUGCUGAUGCCGCUACAAGCCCCAAAUUGUUUACAAUUGCACCAUCGCUCGCCAUUCCAAUUGCACUCAAACGUGCUGGUCUUCAGGUCUCGGAUGUCAAUCUUUGGGAAAUCAAUGAAGCUUUCAGUGUUGUGAUUCGAGCAAAUGAAAAGAUUAUGAAGUUGGAUCCAUCCAAGGUCAAUGCUCGUGGUGGUGGAGUUGCGCUGGGACAUCCAAUAGGAGCUUCAGGCGCACGUAUCGUUGUUUCACUCGUGCAUGCUUUGUCUUCUGGUCAAAUCGGCGGUGCUGCCAUAUGUAUGUAA